AUGAAUGGAGCAGUCGAGGCAGCAAAUAAAAACAUCAAGAAGAUCUUGAGGAAGAUAACAGACAGUCACAGGCAGUGGCAUGAAAAGUUGCCAUAUGCUUUGCUUGGUUACCGUACCACUGCUAGAACAUCCACAGGAGCAACUCCCUAUAUGCUGGUCUAUGAAUGGAUACGUAGUAGACAUGAACAGUUAAUGCUCAUUGAUGAGAAAAAGAUGGACGCCGUCUGUCAUGGUCAACUUUAUCAGAAUAGGAUGUCCAAGGCAUUUAACAAGAGAGUAAGGCAAAGGAAAUUCGAACCAGGGCAGUUGGUUUUAAAGCGAAUAUUUCCUCAUCAGGACGAAGCUAGAGGGAAAUUCGCACUAAAUUGGCAAGGUCCAUACGUGGUUCAUCGAGUGCUUUCAGGAGGAGCAUUGAUUUUGGCAGAAAUGGAUGGUAAAGUGAGCACGAAGCCCAUCAACUCAGACUCGAUCAAGAAGUACUACAUCUGA